AAUGAAUUUAUUCCAUUUAAAACAACAAUUUAAAUUUUGUUGUCGACAUGUUUCAAAUUAUUAUUUUCGUCCACAACCUCGUCCUUACAAAAGAAGAGUUUAUGAAUCAGCUUUAGCUCCAGUAUUACCAAAACAAUUGGAGGAAGAAAUUAAACAAUUGAAUAAUCCAUAUAAUAUUUAUGCAACAUCUUCUCCACAAAAAGAAUUUUUUGGUGAAAAUGAGGUUUUUUUAAUUAAAUUAAAUUCUUGGUGGUAUAAUUUUGUACGGACCGUCUUAUAA